AGCCUGGAGUGGUGCUGCAAAGCUGGCAUUGGUGCUGUAAGGCUGGCAUUGGUGCUGCGAGCCUGGAGUGGUGCUGCAAGGCUGGCAUUGGCACUAGAAGCCUGGAGUGGGUGCUGCAAGGCUGGCAUCAUUACUGCAAGGCUGGCAUCGGUGCUGUGAUCCUGGAACGGGUGCUGCGAGCCUGGCAUCAGCCCUGCAAGGCUGGCACGGCUGCUGUGAGCCUGGCACGGGUUCUGUGAACCUGGCACGAGUGCUGUGAGCCUGGCACAGUCGCCUGGGCCCCCUGGGGCAGCUCCUCCCUCGCUGGUGGUGCCAGCCGCCUCCGAACCCCCUGUGUCCUCUGGCCAGACCCACCCCCGGCGCGGUGACUCAGACGGCAAAGCUUUUCCUUAUAUAACACGGUCUCAGCACCGCGCUGGGCAAACGCUCGCCAAACUGUCCCUGCCUCAGUUUCCCCUUGCUGCGGCAUCACUGCCACUGUCCCAGCCACCGCAGCCAUGUGGAUGGUGUCACCGCCGGUCGAUGAAGGAUCUUCCCAGCUUGCCUGGCUUUGGGACCACGGCAAAGGCAGGGUGCAAAGCCCACUAGUAGGACAUGACCCUUAAACUUUCUCUAAAGCUUAGCCCUAUAGGUGUUUUCCAGGCAACAACAAAGAAGCUGUUCCUGAGCGAACGUGCAGGACAGGGUUGGAUGCUGGAGUUCAUCCGGAAAAACGCUGCUAACGGGCUCUCCGUGGCCAACCUGGUGGCGGGGCUCUCCUCCAUCCUCUGCAGCCUCAACAGGUGGGGAGAAGGGAGGAAGGAGGGAAACCACAGGGGUCAUAAAGUGGGAGUCACCCCGGUUUCGCCCUCCCCAGGCAAUACCAGUACUCGUGUUGGCUGCUGCUGGUGGGCUUUCUGCUCGACUUGGCCGACGGAGCCGUUGCUCGCCGGCUCGACGCCUGCUCGGCGCUGGGUGCCAAACUGGAUGAUUUUGCCGACUUCACCACCUUCGGGCUGGCCACAGCGCUGCUGCUGCAGCCGCAGGGCGUGCUGGCCGGGCUGCUGGCCGUCGCCUACGUGUUGGCCGUAUUCGCUCGCCUCUGCUUCUUCUCCAGCGCUGAACAUGUGGCACCCAGCAGGGAUCCCCUUCACCUACCGGGGGCUGCCCUGUCCCUACGCCUCCUCGCUGCUGGCAGGCACCUUCCUGCUGGCGGACGGGAAUGUCAUCGUCCUGCGCAUCACCGCGGGCGUCAUGAUCCUCUUCAUGCUGGAUCAGGGCUUCUACCCCCACGACAAGGUGCUGGAGUCCCAGCGCUGGAAGAAAGUGGUUUACGCUGGAGGUAAGGACAGGGCUAGGAUUAAAACCCACCGAGAUGGCAGCAGAGAAGGAGCAGAUCCCAAAGGCUCUUCCCAAUCCGCAGGGGUGGCGGCCGUCCUCUUCUUGCCAACAGCGGUGGCUUCCGUCUAUUGCCUCGUCUGGGCGAUGUCCUACAUUGUCUUCCCCUUCGCCGUCUGGAGCUGCAAAGCCCAACCUAACGCCUAG